CAGGAAGUGAUUUUAAAAUGACCUUGAAUUUAUCAGAAUACGUAUCACGAGUGGAAACAGCAUGGCGAAUAAAGAUCCAGGCGGUUUACUUCAGCAGCUCCGGCAGAUCGCUGGCAGAAUGUCUGCCGGUGGUCCUAAAGGAGCAGGCCUUGGCGUCAAACUGCUCAUUGGAGCCGGAGCCCUGGCCUAUGCUGUCAGAGAGGCGACGUACACAGUGGAAGGAGGGCAGAGAGCCAUCGUCUUUAACCGCAUUGGAGGGAUGCAGAUGGAUACAGUCCUGUCAGAGGGUCUCCACUUCAGGAUCCCUUGGUUUCAGUACCCCAUCAUCUAUGACAUCAGAGCAAGACCUAGGAAGAUUGCUUCCCUAACAGGAAGCAAAGACCUGCAGAUGGUGAACAUCUCGCUGCGUGUGCUGUCCCGGCCACUGGCCUCCAACCUGCCCUUUCUCUAUCAGCACCUGGGCAAGGACUACGAUGAGCGGGUGCUCCCCUCCAUCGUCAACGAGGUGCUCAAGAGUGUGGUGGCAAAGUUCAACGCAUCCCAGCUCAUCACGCAGAGAGCGCAGGUUUCCCUCCUGAUCCGCCGCGAGCUCUUUGAGCGAGCCAAGGACUUCAACAUCAUCCUGGAUGAUGUGGCUAUCACAGAGCUUAGCUUCAGCAAAGAGUACACAGCCGCCGUGGAGGCCAAGCAAGUUGCCCAGCAGGAAGCUCAGAGGGCACAGUUCUAUGUUGAGAAGGCCAAGCAGGACCAGAGACAGAAGAUCAUCCAGGCUGAAGGAGAGGCUGAGGCUGCUAAACUGCUGGGGGAGGCCGUUACCAAGAAUCCGGGUUACCUAAAACUCCGGAGGAUCCGCGCUGCCCAGAACAUCGCCAAGACGGUGGCUACAUCACAGAACAGAGUGUACCUCAAUGCUGACAGCCUGGUGCUGAACCUCCAAGAUGACAAUUUCAACAAUUUGUCGUUGGGGAAGUGAAUGGAGACCGGCGUCCUUCAGAGAGAGAGCGAGGGAG